CAAAAGAAUCUUUUUCCUCUCGCGAAAAUCGUGGGAUUCGCUUAUGGCAACAUCGCUCGCUCGCAGGCAUUUUUGCCUAUAAGACAGGAACCUUCUGCAGGCUAGCGUUCAGUUUCGUCAGGCUGUUGAAUAGACAAGUCGAAGACUCCAUUUGCAAGACACCUGCCCACUACAGCCCAAAAAUGAAGUGGUUAUCCGCCCUGGUCCUCCUGAUGGGAGUGGCGCACGCGCUGUCGGAAUGCUUCAGCCAAGACGUCCCCCUGAACUCCACCAGCAACGCGUCUAAGGACCAAGUGGACCUCUCUGCCGUCACCGCCUUCGGUCUGGACCUGUUCCAGAACCUGUUGGCGCCCGGGAACUCUUCCUCCACGACGUCGAACUUCUGCUUCUCGCCCUUCAACAUCUGGACGGCCCUGUCCCUGACUUACCUCGGGUCGGGGGGAAUCACUCGGAGCCAGCUCGGGGCCGCCCUGAGGGUCUCUGAGAAGCCUGCGUUGUAUAGUCUUCUGAGACGCACCGAGAGGCUGCACGGAACUGCCCAGAAGAAUGCCACCAGCACACUCAACUUCGUCAACCGGAUCUACGUCGACACUACUCUGUCUCUGACACAGUGCGUCAAGGACUCCUUCACGACAGAGAUGAGAUCUGUCAGUUUUCAAGACGCAGAGAAGACAGCCGCUGAAAUCAACAAACACGUUUCUGAUGUGACGAGGGGCAAUAUCCGUGAACUCUUGACUGCGGAGGACAUCAAAGAUGCCAGCAUGGCCCUAGUCAGUGCCGUCUUCUUCAAGGGCGUCUGGAAGUUCCAGUUCCGACCCUCGUUAACCAGCGAGAGGGAUUUCUUCACUCCUUCUUCCCAGAAUGCAACACCAGUCGCCAUGAUGUCCCUGACGGGAAGUUUCAAACACGGAGUUUCCAGCCAACUGGGUGCCAGCAUACUUGAGCUUCCUUACGCAGCACAGAAUAUCUCAAUGUUCCUUCUUCUGCCAAACACUGACAAGCCUCUGGGCGAACGUUUCACCCACAUGUUGAAAAACCUCAACAAGGAUUCACUUCUGGCUGCCAUCAGUGCCACCAACUUGAAGGCUAAGGAAGUUGACAUUCUGCUGCCCAAGUUCAAGUUUGAGCUGAAACUCGGCAAGGAACUCAAGACAGCUCUCCAGAAGGCGGGCAUCACUGACCUCUUCGACGAGCGCAAGGCCAAUCUUACUGGCUUCAGCCAGCAUACCUCGCUGCAUGUGACCAACGCCAUCCACAAGACGGUCGUGGAGGUCAACGAGGAGGGAACAGUCGCCUCAGCAGGUACUGGCGUCACCUUCUCGGUGAAGCUCUCUAGUGCGGGGUCAAGUCUCACAGAGUUCUACUGCGAACAUCCGUUCGUCUUCCUCAUCUGGGACCAUGUGACAAAAGCCAUCCUCUUCGCGGGAACUGUUGUUGACCCUAGCAAGCUGAACAAGGGUUUUCUCGAAUGUCCACAAUCACAGCCUUGCAUAUCUAGACGGUGUUUGCAAGCAGCGAGCAUAACCCGUCUUCUUCAGUCACCCGGCGGUUCCUGCGAUCUCCUAAGACCCAGCAGCAUGAUCUGGCUCAAAUCCACGAUUCUCCUCCUGGGCAUAGGAGGUGCCCACCUCCAGUGCUUCACGCCCGAUGCCAAUAUCCCUCCCCUGGACAAAAAUGCAGAUCUCUCUGGCGCCACAGACUUUGGAUUCAACCUCUACAAACAACUGACCCUGGAGAAGCCUACGGAGAACUUCUUCUUCUCCCCCUACAGCAUCUGGGCCGCCCUGGUUAUGACGUACUUUGGGGCAGCGGGCAAUACCCAGUCGCAGCUGGCAGCAAGUCUGGGCUUGAAAGACAAGCCUUCUGCUCACCGACUGUCGAAAGGGCUGGAGAUUUUAUACAAACAACAGAACAACGCCAACAUAAGUCUCGACGUGGCCAACAGAGCUUACUUCAACGAGUCUUUCGCUUUGCUGCCUUGUGUCCAAACCGUUUUCCCAGAUGAGCUACGCAUCCUUAAUUUCUAUGAUGCUAAGAAUGCAGCCGGAGCCAUGAAUGCUUUCGUCAACAAAACGACACGAGGCCUCAUCAGCAGCGUCGUGACAGAUGAAAUAGUCCGCAAAGCCAGCAUGGUCCUCAUCAACGCUGUCUACUUCAAAGGCUUCUGGAAACAAGAGUUCAAAAAGUCAACCACCCAGAAGAGGGACUUCUUUGUUGCUCCAAGCAAUAAGAUUUCAGUCGACAUGAUGAGCCAGGUUUCCAACUUCAAGUAUGGGGAAUCUACACAACUCGGCGCACGGCUGCUGGAGCUCCCCUAUGCUGUGAGCAACUUCUCCAUGAUCCUUCUUCUGCCUAAUGCCAAUGGGAAUGGAGGAAGUUCUCUCGCCAGUGUGGUCAGGGGACUCAGCAGCGCUGCUCUCAGAGAAGCCAUCAGUCCCAGAAAACUGCAUUCUCACCGUGUGGACUUGCUCCUUCCCAAGUUUAAAUUCCGCUCAGGUCUCGCUAAGGAAUUGUUGAACGCACUAAAAAAGAUGGGCAUCCUGGACCUCUUCGACGGGGAUCUGGCUGACAUGAGCCAGUUCAGCUCUGCGGAAAAAUUGGCUGUGUCAGACAUCAUCCACAAAGCUUAUGUAGAUGUCAACGAAGAAGGAACAGAGGCUGCAGCUGCCACAGCUGUCGUCGGUGUCUCAAUAACAUCUAUUGGGGCUCCUCCACAAAUUGUCCAAUUCCACUGCGACAGGCCUUUCGUCUUCAUGAUCUACGACAGACAGACGAACAACGUUCUCUUCACUGGGGACAUCAAAAAUCCUGGAAAUUUCCAGAGUUAGUCAUAUUUAAUCAUGAUAUUCUAUGACUGGAAAGCAUUCGAGUGACCCAGAGCAAAUGAGCCUCUAUAGUGUAGGCCUAUAACCUCAGUGUCCUCCACAUUACUCUUCAACUAUAUAAGUCUUUCUUUCAUCUGUCUUACUUAAUCAACUCCCUGACACAGACAUACGCGCAUACAUACACACACCUCCCAGGUAUUACAAGCAAUUUCAUAAUUGUAUACACAGACACAUACAUACAUGCAUCUACCCUGUACACAACCGUUUCAAAUCACACCAAGUAAUGUUAUGUUUGUGUUAUAUGCUUUUUUAUGUAUAAAAGUUGUUUUAUAUGAAAAUAUGAUAAUGUAUGAACCACAAUGUCCGCUUAAUCUCUCGACUUCUUUGAGGUUUAAUAGUGACAAAUAUAAUCAAAAAGAGUGGACAAGAGGGGAUUGUGGCCACUACAAUUACAUACAUAUCUGGAAGAAGUGACCAGAAGAUUCUGUAUUUAUAUAUGUCAAGAUUAAUAUGAGUUAAAUUUUCUCUGAACUUUUUAUAAUUUAUUAAAUAUGAAUUGGCUG